GGCUGUGGCUGUGCUGCCCAGCGGAGCCGCGCAGUAUGGCGGGCGGGGCGCGGGAGGUGCUCACUUUGCAGUUGGGACAUUUUGCGGGUUUCGUGGGAGCGCACUGGUGGAACCAGCAGGAUGCUGCGCUGUGCAGGCCGACCGAUGCCAAAGAACCGCCGGGAGAGCUGUGCCCCGACGUCCUGUACCGGACCGGCCGGACGUUACACGGCCAAGAGACUUACACGCCGAGACUCAUACUCAUGGAUCUAAAGGGUAGUCUGAGCUCCCUAAAACAAGACGGUGGACUCUACAGGGACAAACAACUAGAUGCUGCAAUAGCAUGGCAAGGGAAGCUCACCACACACAAAGAGGAACUCUAUCCCAAGAACCCUUAUCUCCAGGACCUCCUGAGUGCAGAGGGAGUGCUGAAUAGUGAUGGUAUCUGGAGGGUCAAAUCCAUUCCCAAUGGCACAGGUGAGACUUCUCCAGAUACUGCAAAAUGGGGAAUGGGGCAGACCAGGAACAUGGAGAAAGAGGGCAGCAUCAGAGUCUGGUCAGACUUUCUCAGAAUCCAUCUCCAUCCCCGGAGCAUCUGUAUGAUUCAGAAGUACAACCAUGAUGGGGAAGCAGGUCGCCUGGAGGCUUUUGGCCAAGGGGAGAGUAUCCUGAAGGAACCCAAGUACCUGGAAGAGCUGGAGGACAGGCUGCACUUCUACGUGGAGGAGUGCGACUACCUGCAGGGCUUCCAGAUCCUGUGUGACCUGCACAAUGGCUUCUCUGGAGUAGGCGCCAAGGCCGCAGAGUUGCUACAAGACGAGUAUUCAGGGCGGGGAAUAAUAACCUGGGGCCUGCUCCCUGGUCCGUACCGCCUCGGGGAGCCCCAGAAAAACAUCUACCGUCUGUUAAACACAGCUUUCGGUCUGGUGCACCUGUCUGCUCACAGCUCUCUGGUCUGCCCCUUAUCCUUGGGUGGGAGCCUGGGGCUGCAACCUGAGCCACCUGUCAACUUCCCUCACCUGCAAUAUGAUGCCGCUCUGCCCUUCCACUGUGGCGCCAUCCUGGCUACAGCCCUGGACACAGUCACUGUUCCUUAUCGCCUAUGCUCCUCACCAGUUUCCAUGGUUCAUCUGGCUGAUAUGUUGAACUUCUCUGGGAAAAAGGUGGUCACAGCAGGAGCAACCAUCCCCUUCCCCUUAGUUCCAAGCCAGUCCCUCCCUGAUACGCUGAUGCAGCUUGGAGAGGCCACCCCAUGGACCCCACUGUCUGCAUGUGGGGACCCUUCUGGAACGUGCUGCUUUGCCCAGUCCGUGGUGCUGAGGGGUCUAGACAGAGCAUGCCACACCAGUCAGCUCACCCCAGGGACACCUCUGCCCUCCCCACUCCACGCGUGCACCACCGGGGAAGAAGUCUUGGCCCAGUAUUUGCAGCAGCAGCAGCCCGGAGUCAGGAGCUCUUCUCAUCUGCUGCUGACUCCCUGUAAGGUGGUUCCUCCUUACCCCUACCUCUUCUCCUCAAGCCUCAGCCAGCAGGGUUUGGUUCUGGAUGGUCCCCCAACAGGGGCAGCGGUGGAGAGCAUCCCCGUGCUCGGGGCCCUCCGCUCCUCUUCAUCCUUGAACCGGACCCUGGGAGAUUUGGCCAAAGAUCUCGCCAAACUCGACCUGCGGCGCUGGGCCAGCUUCAUGGACGCUGGAGUGGAACAGGAUGACCUAGAGGAGACGCUGCAGGAGCUACGCAGCCUGGCUCAGUGCUACCAGAGUGGCAACAGCCUCAUGGACUAAAGCUCCAAGAAAAGGAAAGAGCUAGUUUACAAUAAAAGCUGCUGGAUGCAGGA